GACCUUAGUUUAUUAUUUUCCCCCAAUUAUUUUCCAUGUUUGGUUAAUUACCGUCUUAUAGGUCAACAAUUGAAGCAUUCGUGAAGGUGGUAUCUGGUUUGGCUAAAAACUUAGCUGAAAUUCUGGCACAGCCUUUGGGUGUCAAAUCGAUUUACUUUGAAGAGAAUUGCCCACCAAGAAGUAGUUAUCUUCGACUGAAUAGAUACGCUCCACGUCCGUUUCCUUCGCAAGUGUUUGGCCUCGUCUCGCACACUGAUACCGAUUUCCUAACUAUAGUUCACCAGGACCAAGUGGGAGGUCUGGAAAUAUUUAAAGAUGGAAGAUGGAUGGCUGUUAAACCCAAUCCUGAAGCUCUCAUUGUCAACAUUGGGGACUUGUUUGAGGCCUUGAGCAAUGGCAUAUAUAAGAGCAUCAAACACCGAGUGGUUACCGGACAAGAAGUUGAGAGGUUUUCUGUGGCAUAUUUCUACUGCCCCUCCUACGAUGUAGUGGUCCGAAGCUGCGGUGAUGAACCAUCAACUUAUAGGCAGUUCACUUUGAGGGAGUAUAAACUCCAAACUCAAAUUGAUGUUCAGGAAACUGGUGAGAAAGUAGGGCUCUCAAGAUUUCUCCUUUGAAAAACAUAUCUCAAAGCUG